AAGAGAAGAUGCCAUCUGCUGUCCUGCCGCCAGGACAGCUGCCAAAUGGUCCUCCGCCAGCUCGACUGCUUGAUCCAGCGACGCCGGGCGGUGGCACCUGACCCACUCCGCAGUUCCUGCUGGCAAGCGAGUGACGAACUGUUCCAGCACCACCUGGUCGAGGAUUCCUUCGGCGUCGUGGUUGUUGGCCCUCAGCCACCGCCAGCAGGCGUCCCGGAGCUGCUGGCCAAACGCGAACGUUCGGCCGACUUCCUCCAAGCGCAGCGCGCGGAAGCGCUGGCGCUGCUGUUCCGGAGUGCGCCCCACGUGCUGGAGGAUGGCCCGGCGGAGGUCCGCGUAGGCCAGCUGGCGGUCGGCGGGGAGCUGGAGCACGGCCAGCUGUGCUUCUCCCGUGAGCAGGGGGAGGAGGCGCGCUGCGCGCUGCUCCAUCGGCCACCCCGAGGCUUCGGCGACUUGCUCAAAGAGCGUGAUGAACGCCUCGGGGUCAUCCUGCGGGCCCAUCUUGGUGACGGUGAGGGGAGACGGGCCCGUGGUAGGAGCGCUGGUGGACCCCGCCGACGCGAGGAGGUGCCGGAAUGCCUGUCGAUCUUCUUGUUGGGCCAACACCAGGGCCUCGAACCGCUCUUCUUGCUCCUUUCGGAGGGUGAGUAGCGCCUGGUGCUGGCUUUGCUGGGCUGUGGCGAGGGCGUGGAUCAGUUCAGCGAACGGGGAGGACUCCAUGGGGCUGUGAGGCUGCUGUGUUCCAGAUCCCGGGUUCCGGCACCACUGUGGCAGUUUGGAGCAGGUCGAGGCGGCCGCAAGAAACACGGUGGGAAAAGGAGAAAUAAGGCCCACCUGAGUGUGAGACAGAGAAACAGCACACCUGCACA